GGUGUUACCGUUCGUAGAUUCCUGCUACGUACGUAUAGCGGCAUUAUCCCGACACACAUGGUCAAACUCUUCGAGCUCAUCAAGAAUGUUGUGUCCUGUCUCGAGAAGAACAUGGUACUGUUUGAGAAGAAAACCCGGCAACAAGUCGAAGAAAAGCGCGGUACUUUCUCGCUUGAUCCACUAGCAGCCAUUCACGACUACGAAGCAACGGGCUCACUCUUAAAUUUGCAGUGCAGAACUCAAGAGCUCCACCAAGGCCAUUCCAAGUCCAGAAAAGCGUUUUACUGUUCCUCAACUGGCCACUGCAACAUGAACGUCGUUUUCCGAUUCGUAGCUGUUCUGUUCCUACUGUCGACAAAUGUCGACGCUUUUACCUUCGAGCAGCGUGUGCCGCGUUCAAGUUUGCUCGAACGUCACCUCCAACGCGAGGACAACGAGUCCGAGGUGACCGACUUUCUCACUGAAGUGGCUGCAGUGAUGAUGAAGGACAACCCUGACACAAAAGACUUCUCCAAAUUCGCGAUGUUCAUCGAAGCUCUGGCUGCUCGUGCGUCCUCCAGCGGUGGACCGCCUUUCUCCUCGAAUGAAUCAAGCGCGAAUGAUCGUACCCGUGAAGAAGAAUCCUCGUUCCCAGACGUCGGAAGCGACCUCACGCCAUCUCCUAAGCUGAGCUCCAUGAGCGACGAGACCGAUGUGAUCGACCAAAAUGAUGACUCAGCGAGUGGUGAUCUGAAAGGCGCGAUCGACGGAGAUGCCACCAUGACCGACGGAAAGAACUUGGCGGUGACGGAACUACCCAGUGGCAUUGUCGUAUCGAUCAUCGCAAUGACCACCUUGGCGCUCUUCUUGGAGAUGAUGAACUGAUCCAGUCAAGAAUCCAUGUUAACGUACUUAGCAGCUCGUCCCUGUACGAAAGACGACCAGUAGUUGACGUUGAGUCAGCACUUCCAGCCAAUAUCCGUAACGUAAAGAUCAAUCCAGA